AUGUCUACAGUCAAAACUCUUGUUGCUGUGGAAGUAAAGACGGGAUGGCCCCUAUUUCAAUUGGAUGUUAAUAAUGCUUUCUUGUAUGGUGACUUAGUUGAGGAAGUAUAUAUGAGGCUUCCUCCUGGUUUGUCUGUUUCUUCCCCACCUUCUUCUUCCCCUUUAGUGUGCAAAUUGCAGAAGUCUCUUUAUGGUUUGAGGCAAGCAUCCAGGGGUUCAGGUGAUUCUUUGGUUACUAUAGCUGUGUAUGUGGAUGACAUUGUCUUAACUGGGACUGAUUUGCAUGAGAUUACUGCUUUAAAGGUUUUCCUUCAUCAGAAGAAAUUUAUCAAUGAUUUGCUAAAGGAGUUUCAUUGUGAUGUUUGUACCCCUAUUGUCUGCCCUCUUGAAUUGAAUGAGAAAUUAAAGGCCUCUGUUGGUGAGCCUUUUCCCAAUCCUAAAGUCUACAGAAAUCUCAUACGGAAGUUCAAUUUUUUCACUCUCACCAGGCCAGACCUCUCAUUUGCUGUGCAACACCUUAGCCAAUUUAUGCAGAAACCUUGUGUUCCUCAUACGAAAUCUGCCCUCCACCUCCUGAGGUAUCUGAGUGGUACUUCUGAUCCUGGGAUUUUUCUUAAUAACUCCUCAUAUUUUUCUGUUCAGGUUUAUUGUGAUAGUGAUUGGGGAUCUUGUCCUGAUAGCAGAAGAUCAGUGACGAGUUUCUGCAUCCUGUUAGGUGGCAGUUUGGUUUGCUGGAAAUCUAAGAAGCAGCUGGUUAUCUCUCUUUCUUCAGCUGAAGCUGAAUAUAGGUCUUUGAGCAAG